AUGCAAAUAACGUACUAUCUUGAACCUUGCCUAGAUUUAUUGGAAAAAUCUAAGCUAAGAUUUGUUUCAUUUGAACAAGUUCAUGAAAUAAAUAAAACCAGGUAUUUAUUUAUUUUUUUACUCUUUCCAGCACAAUGUAUUGGACCUUUGGGAAUGGAGCACGGUCUCAUAAAAGAUGAGGAUAUAACAGCAAGUUCGUCUUUUGACAGCGGCAAUGUUGGACCGCAACACGGGCGAAUUCGCACGGAGUCUCAUGGGGGUGCCUGGUGUCCCAAAAACCAAAUUACAAGUGAACCUCGGGAAUGGCUCGAGAUAGACUUGCAUACUGUACAUGUGAUAACUGCCACCGAAACUCAGGGUCGUUUUGGAAAUGGUCAGGGUCAAGAAUAUGCAGAAGCUUAUGUUCUGCAAUACUGGAGACCAAGGCUUGGAAAAUGGGUGCCGUAUAGAGAUUUCAAAGGAGAAGAGAAAAUGAAAGGCAACACAAACACGUAUUUGGAAUCAAAACAAGAACUUGAUCCUCCCAUAUGGGCGAGUAAAAUUAGAUUCUUUCCCUAUAGUUACCACAGAAGAACAGUUUGCAUGAGAGUUGAAAUUUACGGUUGCUACUACAAUGAUGGAAUUGUGAGUUAUUCGAUGCCGCAAGGCGAUAAACGGGGAUCCGGGUGGGAAUUUUACGAUGCAACAUAUGAUGGCCAUUGGGCCCAAGGAGGUCUCAAGAGAGGAUUGGGUCUUCUCACAGAUGGAAGAUUUGGGCCAGAGAAUUUCAAAAUGGGCUAUUAUGAUCAUGAGCGUGCCCAAGGUUGGGUAGGCUGGAGGAAUGAUACCAGGAAUGGUAAACCAGUGGAGAUCACUUUUGAAUUUGAUAGGGUUCGAGAAUUUUCAGCAGUGCAUGUGUAUUGCAAUAAUCAGUUCACAAGAGAUGUUCAGGUCUUCUCUGAUAUCAAUGUAACAUUCAGCAUCGGUGGUGUAUAUUAUACUGGAGAACCAAUAACUUACAGCCCGAUGGAAGAUAGGAUUUUUGAAAAUUCUCGAAAUGAAACCAUCAAACUUCAUCAUCGAAUCGGAAGAUUUGUUAAAUUGCAAAUGUCAUUUGCUGCAAAAUGGAUAAUGAUUAGUGAAGUCAUGUUCGAUUCAGAUGUUGCACCUGAUAAUUUCACGGAAGAACUUCCACCUUCAACUGAAAUGCCAGCGCAAAGAGAUAUCUAUGUCGAGAAAUCGAGAGCUAGUCCAGGAUCAGAAAUUCCAAUAUCAACUGCUCAGCAAAGAGAAGCUCCAGCAUAUGUUGCUGUACUGAUAGGUGUCUUAACAGCAAUAGCCCUUCUACUAUCGGUGGCAGUAUUUUUCAUAAUACGUCGUCAUCGUAGAAGAAAAUGCUUUGCAAGUCCUUUGACAAGUAAGCAGCAACCACAAUUAACUGCUUCACAAAUGCAGCAACAGCAAAUGGCUGCUGCAGGAACUCUUUGUCUGGGAGGCGAUAAACGCGGAUCCGGAUGCAAUAUGUCAACUCUGCCGGUGCCUCAUUUGGAUCGCGACUCGAUGCGUAUGCGUGACCGCCUGGUUGACAUAAAGAUGGAUGAUUAUCAGGAACCUUAUCAGGCCCUGAGAUAUGCACCUUAUUACAGCUAUUCCACUGUGGUCAUGGAAAUGCAGGAUAUGCUGCCGCCUUCAAACCAACACUCGGACACUUCCAACUAUGAUUACGCCGUGCCAGAGUUGGGGACUGCACCUUUGCUACCUCCAGAACGUGGGGUUAGUGGGGCAAGCAGCACCAUAAGCAGUGGAACCACCGGUUGCGAACCCAAUGAGGUUGGAUAUUGCAGAGGAGGGCCAGGUCAGUGUACGAGGAGAAGGCAAGAAGGUAAGAAAUUAGGAAACCAACUUUCUAGAUGUCAAGCAAGUCCGACUCAACAAGAUGUUCUCAAUGCCUUGAAGAAACGCCUAGAACAAACAUCUGUGCCCGAAUUUCCUAGACAUAGAUUGCGAAUGCUAAGCAAAUUAGCCGAUGGAGCAUUUGGCACUGUGUAUAUUGCGGAAGCAGAUGGAAUUCCAGAAUACGGUUCCCAAACAUCCUUGGGCAAACGACUGGUUGCUGUUAAAUUCUUACUUCAAGAUGCUUCGGAGAAAGAAAAAGCCGAUUUCCACCGGGAUGUCCGCAUCUUAGGAGCCUUGGAAGACCCUCACAUCGCUCGUGUUUUAGGAGCCUGCUGGGAUGAGCCUUUGGCCGUCGUUUUAGAAUAUUUAGAACUUGGUGAUCUUAGAGCAUUCUUGUUAGCUUCCACUGGUCCAGGAGCAUUAGAAGGACCUCCUGCUCAUUUGGCAUCUGGUCAGGUGUUGACACCACACCAUCUGCUGCAUAUGGCAGCACAAAUCGCUGCUGGGAUGAGAUAUUUGGAGAGCCUCAAUUUUGUGCACAGGGAUUUGGCAACAAGAAAUUGUCUCGUCGGAAAAGGUUACCAGAUCAAAAUCUCUGACUUCGGCACGGACAACGAACUGUAUGCCGGCGACUACUACAAAGUGGACGGAUCAAUGCCCUUACCGAUCAGAUGGAUCGCCUGGGAAUCUGUCUUAGGCCGAUACACAACCAAAAGUGACGUCUGGUCAUUUGCUGUCACACUGUCCGAAAUCCUGAACUUAGCAAGACGACAGCCUUAUGAAGGAUUUACAGAUCCACAAGUCGUGGAGAAUUUGUCCCACAUGGACAGAGAUGAUGGACAAUUCGUGUUCAUUCCGAAACCGAUGAAUGCGAGUAAAGAUAUUUAUGAUUUGAUGUUGGAAUGUUGGCGAAGGAGCGAUUGUGAAAGGCCUAGUUUUAGGGAAAUUCACUUGUUUUUGCAGAGGAUGCUCUUAGGAUUCAGUACACCAGUUUCGUGA